UACAUAGAAACAGUGGACAGGUCUUGUUUAAGUUGGAGUUAGAAAUUGUUGUUUUUAAUCCGUAGCUUUUAUUGCGAUGGAAUUGGAUUGUGCAAGAUUGAAAGAAUCCCUUUUGCGGAUUAGUUCCCUACGUAGUGAAGAUAAUUCUUUGACUAACUUUUUGAAACUAAAUAAUUAUGAAGAAAAGGAUGUUGAUGACAUCGUCUACUGGCUAGCGCAGAAAAUCCUCGACUCGCAAUUUACGGAAUCCAUAGCGGUUUGCUUUCCAGAGAUACUGAUGGCUAUUGUAGCGCUUGCAGUCCCAAUUAAGGAUGAAACUGAUUGGCACGUAUACCUAAAGAAGUGUAUAGCUUUAUCGAAACUAAAUAGAAUUUCACCAGAAGUGGCAAGGUAUAGUGUGGUCUAUUUUUCAGAUAAAGAUCCGCCAUUUCAUAAAGAGAAUUUUGAUAAAGUCUUGAAAAGACAUAGAUGUAUUGAUGAAUCAGUUACAGACCUUGAUAUCAUGAAAUGUUGCUUUGACUUGCUAAUAAAUAACAGAUUAUUCUAUAAAGAUUUAUGGGAUUGGUCCAUUUUUGUGGAGAAAUAUUCACGGACAUCAGAUGAAAUUCAAAGAAUGUACUUCAAUCAAAUUAUGGCGAUUUUAUUUAAUAUGACGGAAUAUCAGCUGAAACAAAUAAAUAGGACAAUACCAGAAGACGUUGUGCUGAAUUUCUACUUCGAUUUCGAUCGCAGAGUUGAAGUUCCUAAUGUAUCGGAAACUGCAAACUGCCCAUCAAAAUACAUAUAUUGGAAUUUUUCUAGUGAAAUUAUGACAAGCAUUGAAGGAGUUUUAUUACCGAUGUAUAACAUAGAGAACGCUGCAUUCUAUAAUAAAUUGGAUCCCAGCUUUAAUAAAAUUGUGAGAGUAAAGUCCACGAAAGUCAAUUUAAAAAAUAUAGCGAUGGGAUUAUCGGUUGGUAAAGCAAUAUGCUUAUUUGGUCCUGUAGGAUGCGGAAAGACGUCUUUAGUUGAAUAUCUGGCGAGAAAAACGGGUAGGAUCCCACCAAAUAUAAAAGUUAAAAUAUGUUCAGAAACUGAGAAUGAAAAAAAUGUUAAAAUUUUAUCAAAAUUUGGUUCGAGAAAAGCGGAAAAAAGAAAGAUUGAUGCAGUUACUACAUCACAUGUUAUGGUAAAGCCUAAUAGAAGGCAAGAAAAUGGUUUAUUGCGAAUUCAAUUAGGAGAUCAGACCGAUAGUAAAAUAUUAUUGGGACAAUAUAGAUGUACUGAUGUUCCUGGUGAGUUCGUUUGGCAACCAGGAGUGCUAACUCAGGCUGUUAUGAACGGGCAUUGGUUGCUUUUAGAAGAUUUUGAUCUUGCGCCACAAGAGACGUUUACUAUAAUAAGUAAUCUAUUGGAAAAUAAUUGUUUGGCAGUACCUGGUUUUUGUGAUUCCUUGUAUGUAACACCUGGAUUUCAGUUGUUUUUAACUGUGCGUUCACAGAAGUCCUUGACAAAUACACAAAAAACAAUGUUUUCCCUACUUGAAAAGUAUUUGUAUAUUGUUAAUGUUAAGGCUUUAUCAAGAAGCGAACUAUGUCAUAUUGUGAGUGCAAAUUAUCCGAAGUUAUUACCUAUAGCCAAUAGAAUCGUUGAUGUAUUCUUAAUGUUUUGUAAUGAUGAGGACCAUGAAGUUUCUGAAGAUUCCAUGGACUGUGAAAGUUCUGAUUUGUCAUUGCUUCAAAAUGCGAAAGAUUCAUCCCCUAGAAUAGUAACUUUUAGUCGGUUGGUGUCCACACGUGAUCUGAUGAAACUUUGCGAAAGAUCGCAUGCCACUUUCUCAGAGAUAAGUACAGAAUAUGCUUAUUUUGUGUUUCAAAAUGUCGUUGACUUAUUCUGUUCACAUCUCUCUGAAGAUGCUACUAAACUUGAACUUAUAAUCAAUAUUGGAGCAAAACUAGGUAUUACCCAAUCGAGGUGCGAAUAUCUUUUCAAUCAAUUUAAACCUGACAUUGAUGAUCAGAACGCUAGUAUUAAAAUUGGGAGAGCAUAUCUGUACCGCAAAGAGUCAGUAAAUCUUGUCAUGCAAAAAAGAGGAUCUGAUACCAAUGAAAGUAUUGACGUAGUCGCUGCUAAAAAGUCUAAGUUGAACGAUGAUAAUGUGUACUUACCAAUCCGACGAAAGGAGAAAAUAACAUUUUCCUAUACUCGUCUUGCCUGCAGCUUGCUUGAAAGAAUAAGCGUUUGUAUUAACCAUGCAGAGCCCGUAUUGCUAGUAGGCGAAACUGGAGUUGGGAAGACUAGUUGUAUCCAAUAUUUGGCAGAUAAAACAAAUCAUAAGUUAGUGGUGGUUAAUAUGAAUAAUCAAUCAGAUGUGUCAGAUUUGAUUGGUGGUUUUAAGCCAGUUGAUUUAUCUUCCGUUAUCGCGCCCAUUAGGCAUGAAUUUGAAUUAUUAUUUAGAAAAACAUUCAAUGAAAAUAAAAAUGAAAAAUUCCUUUCAAACUUUAGCGCUUGCUUCAAUCGGGGAGACUUCCGUGUAUUAGUGAAAUUGAUGCUAAAAAUUUCGGAGACCGUUUUCAAGGGAUCAAAUAUACCUAUUAUAAAUAAAAGGGUUGGAGAAUGGAAGGAGUUGCAAAAAAAAAUAAUUAAGCUAAAUCUCCAGCUUAGUAAAUCCGCUAACGUGUCUUUCGCAUUCAUAAUAGGUCCUUUAGUGAAAUGUAUAAAAAAUGGUGACUGGAUUUUACUAGAUGAGAUCAAUUUGGCAUCUGAUGAAACGUUACAAUGCCUCUCCACUUUGCUUGAAGAAAACGGGUCUAUUCUUCUUCUUGAAAAAGGAGAUUUGGUACCAGUUGAACGUCACCCUGAAUUUAGAUUAUUUGCUUGCAUGAAUCCAGGCACAGAUGUUGGUAAAAAGGAUUUGCCGACUAGCAUAAGAAACCGGUUCACAGAACUAUUUGUAGACGAACUUACAAAUGAAAUGGAUUUGAGGAUUCUGAUUGGUGAUUAUUUGCAGAAUACCGGUAUAAAUAGUAUAAAGAUAUCAGCUAUUGUAAAAUUAUACAAAAAAUUGAUGACUUUAUCACAAAUCGAAUUGAAUGAUGGUCUGGGUAAUAGGCCCAUUUUUUCAUUGAGAACACUUUGUAGGGCAUUGACAAUAUGUGCAAGAAAUUUAUGUGGCUCAGUAGAACGUAAUUUAUAUGAAAGUUUCUGUUUAAGUUUUCUAACACAACUUGAUCAUGAUUCUCAUAAAAUUGUUCUGGAUUUAAUUAAAGCAUCAUUACUUUCUAAUUAUAAAGCUGUAAUUUCACAGGAAAUUCCACGACCAGGUGAACAUUAUUUAAAUUUUGAGGGCUACUGGAUUGAAAAGGGUUCCUUAGAAGUGGAAAAUUGCACAGAAUAUAUACUCACUGAAACUGUUCGUGAAAACCUUAAAGACGUGGCAAGAAUAAUAUCAAUCGGAAAGUAUCCGAUUUUACUUCAAGGCCCUACCAGUGCUGGAAAAACCAGUUUGGUUGAAUAUAUCGCUAAGAAGAGCGGAAACCAUUGUUUCAGGAUUAACAAUCACGAACAUACCGAUCUGCAAGAAUAUAUCGGCACCUAUAUUCCCAAUAACGAGGGUCAGUUUAUAUUCGAAGAAGGUAUUUUAGUUCAAGCUAUGCGGAAAGGUUAUUGGAUAAUAUUAGAUGAAUUAAAUCUGGCUUCAACAGAUAUUUUAGAAGCCUUAAAUCGGGUGUUAGAUGAUAAUCGGGAAAUUUUUAUUCCGGAAACGCAAACCGUUGUUAAAGCUCAUCCAAAAUUUAUGUUGUUUGCAACUCAAAAUCCUCCUGGUUUAUACGGUGGUCGCAAAGUACUAUCUCGUGCAUUCAAAAACCGUUUUAUUGAACUUCAUUUUUCGGAAAUUCCUAGGCCCGAACUAGAAGUCAUUCUAGAAAAAAGAUGUAAAAUUCCGAAAUCUUUUUCGGAAAAAAUGGUGAAAUGCAUGUCGGAAUUACAAAUCAAUCGUAAAACAACAAUGAAAAAUAACUUCACUUUACGAGAUUUAUUUAGAUGGGGUAACCGAUACACUUGGGCUGAUAGAAAGCUCUUACGAAACAAUUCAUAUGAUUGGAACCAACAUCUUGUUGAUGAAGGGUAUUUAAUUCUUUCAGCAAAAGUACGAACAGAAACUGAUAACAAUAUGAUUGUUCAGACUCUUUUUAAUAAUUUCCGCAAAAAAAUUGAUUUGAAUAAUUUGUUUUCAUUACAUAGAAAUACUUCGUUGGUUACAAAAGAUAUUUUAGAGCUUUUAUUUCAUUACGAUAAACGCAGCGACAUAAUUUGGACGCAAAGCAUGCUAAGAAUUGCCGUUUUGAUUAUAAAAGCCUUGCAUUUCAAUGAACCAGUUUUAUUAGUAGGCCCGACAGGCUGUGGCAAAACAACUAUUUGCCAAAUGUUGGCAGAUAUUAACAAUUCUAAGUUACGAAUUUUGAAUUGUCAUAUGCACACAGAAGGAGCAGAUUUUCUUGGAGGUCUUAGACCAUGUCGGGUAAAGGAGAAAUUAGAAAUAUCUAAAGACAAUGUUGGAUGUAAAACCCAAAUGUUUGAGUGGGUCGACGGUCCUCUUAUACAAGCGAUGCGUGAUGGAAGUUUUUUCAUGGUGGAUGAAAUAUCGCUAGCUGAAGAUUCUGUUUUGGAACGCCUAAAUAGUGUUCUCGAACCUAGUAGAAGCAUUGUUCUAGCAGAGAAAGGUGGAACUAUUACAAAAACUUCAGAUGAGUUUAUAGUUAAGGCAGCGCCAGGCUUUCAUUUCCUAGCCACAAUGAACCCCGGAGGUGAUUUUGGUAAAAAAGAGUUAUCUCCAGCCUUAAGAAAUCGGUGCACUGAAAUUUGGUGUCAACCUUCAGAUACCGAGGAUGAUUUGAUAAAAAUAGCAAGUAAUUCUUUGAAGAUAGGGUUGAAUGAAAAUAUUCCUAAAAACGUAGAUGAAAUAGCUAGAGUUAUGGUUCGAACUGUUUAUUACUUGAAAGGUAAAGUGGAUAAAUUCAACUUUUCAGUCAGAGAUAUCCUAGCCUGGGCGAAUUUCAUAAAUACUAACUCAAAUAAGACACCAGUUAAAUUCGCUGAGUUUAUCAUAUAUGGAUUAAAUACUGUAUUUCUUGAUUCCCUGGAAAUGCUCUUACAUGAAAGUGAAAACAGUACGAAAUGCAUUCGAAAUGAUGUAAUUAAAUUUGCAGCAAUUCAAUUACAAAACUGUUUUGAAUUGUCGAUUAAUAUAUUAGAUAUUGUUGAAAGGAAAGAUUUAUUCAUUGAGAAGAAAAAUGACAAAUUUGGUAUCGAACCCUUUUUUGUAGAUAUUUGCACGGAAAAUCUAGAAGUAACUAAUUUCCAGUUCAACGCACCGACCACAAAAAAAAAUCUAUUUCGACUUUUAUCCGCAUUGAGCUUAAACAAAGCAGUUAUGUUGGAGGGCCCCCCCGGAGUGGGAAAAACUUCCAUCGUUGAAAAUUUGGCUCGGGCAGUAGGAUAUCGAAUAGUGCGUAUAAAUUUGUGUGAACAUACAGAUCUUGCUGAUUUAUUCGGAAGUGAUCUUCCCGCAGGGGAAAAUAUUUCAGAGGUUAUUUUUUCAAAAAAUAAAUCAGAAUUAAAUUCUGUUGGUUCAUUCCAAUGGUGUGAUGGACCUCUUUUGUCAGCUUUGAAAUCAAAAUUUACGUGGAUAUUGUUGGAUGAAUUGAAUUUAGCACCUCAGAGCGUCUUGGAAGGUUUGAAUGCUAUCCUUGAUCAUCGUGGGGAGGUGUUUAUUCCGGAGCUAAAUCAAACAUUCACAAUAGAGAAUCAAACAAAAAUUUUUGCAUGUCAAAAUCCAUCCAGACAAGGUGGAGGAAGGAAAGGCUUGCCACAAUCAUUUUUAAAUAGAUUCACAAAAGUUUACUUAAGUAAACUACAUACUCAAGAUUUAUUGUAUGUAAUAAAUAACAAAUAUUUCGCUAGUUCAAAAGAGAUGCAAUCAAAAUUUACAUUCUUCCUCAAUAAACUUGAUAUUAAAAAAAAGAGUGUAAAUUUAUUCGAUAUUAACAAUUUGUCCCCAAGUUUUGAAAUAUUGGAGACCCCUAAUAAUGUAAAGAUAGAGUUUGAUCUCCUUUACAGAAUGGUUAAGUUCUCUGAGCGGUUGAAUGAAGCAAUAUCAAAUUUUGAUUUUGGAACACAAGGUGGACCCUUUGAAGCAAAUUUACGUGAUCUAUUACGUUGGUGUGAAUUCCUUUUCGACUCGAAAACAGGAUUCAUAUUUCCUGUAAAAACUUUGAAUAAAGAAAAUCAUCUUCAGCAAUUCAAGGAAAUAUUCCAUGAGUUUCUUCUAGUCUUGUAUGAGCGGAUGAAGCUAGUUUAUUAUCAACGAAUGGAAUCUAAAUCAGAUAGACUUUUUAUACAAACUGUUUUUUCCGAAAUUUUUAAAUGUGAUGUCAAAAAACUUAACUCUUUAUCAGAUGAUGUCAGCAUAUAUUGGACUGACUCGGAAUUGUUUUUGAAUGAUAUAGUUUUAAGCAGACUUCAUGACUAUAGUAAUUCGGUUGAUUUGACACUCACAAAAGAUGUAAAACCAGGAGCAAUUGUUUUAUCUUGCCAAGUAGAGCUUUUGAAAAAUAUUGUUGAAUGUGUACACUUAGAAAAGGCAGUGAUUCUAUCAGGACCAGCUCAUAGCGGAAAGACAAAGAUUAUUGAUACAUUAUGUUCUGCAGCUAAUACGCCUUAUUAUACAGAAAUCAUUGACGACUCUGUGGCAGGAAGCUUUCAGCAGAUAGAUCUAAUUCGGCACUUUGAAGAAGUCGCUUUUACUGUUGAGGCAAUUUAUUUUAAAAUCGUUCAUGGAAUUAUGAUCGACAUCGCAAUCAACAACAGUAAUUCUCACGAAUACCUCAUCCAAAUAAUGAAACUGUGGAGCAAUUAUUCCCGUUUAUCCAGGGCUAACCUUUAUGAAAAAAAACAGUUGGAGGUACCGGCGGGGUGGCUUGUUGUUUUCCAUAAACGAAUUCAUUAUUUACGUUCGUUUGUUGACAAAGUUAAAUUCUCUGUUAUUGACAUGAAUACUGUUAGAGCAUUAGAAGAAGCUGGAACAAUGUUGAAUACGCUGGAAUAUAUUGUGAAAGAGACUGGUACUCUAAAUACCGCAGGUCACUUCGAAUGGAUCGACUCGAAAAUAAUAAAGUGUCUGAAAUUUGGUGGAUACAUAUGCUUGGAUCAUGCAAAUUUUUGUUCUUCAGCUAUUUUGGAUCGUUUAAAUCCAAUUUUGGAACCGGAAGGAAGCUUACUAUUGUCUGAAAAGGGGUCUUUGAAGUCAGGAAAUAGUGAAGUAGCUGAUAAACACAGAAAUUUUCGCAUUUUCUUCACAAUAAAUCCAAGAAAUGGAUCAUUAUCGAGGGCUAUGAGGAACCGUUGUGUGGAGUUGAAUUUUUUGAAUAACAAAUACUCCGAAGAUGAUUUGCGUCAAAUUGUUUACUUGAGCGGAGUUAAAGAGAAUUAUUUAAUUCUUACAGCUGUACAGAUUCACCAUAAAUUCCGAAACAUAUCGGAAGAAGACAUUUUCAAUAUAUCACAUUUAUCGCAUUUUGCAGAUUUGAUUGUUUGCAACAAGCAUAUAGGAUUGAAUGAAAGGAAAGCAGUUUACAACAGUGCAAUGGAAGUGUAUAUAUAUUCGGUGACUGCAGAUCCUGUAGGAUGCGGAUUGGAGAUUUACAAAAAUAAGUUACAGGAAAUUCUUGUUGAAGAAUGUCAGAAAAUAAAACCCAAACCCAAUAUCUGUAACAUAAAUAAUGUCAUUUUGCGGCCGAAGGAAAUGAACCAAAUGACAAUGUUAAAAAUGCAGGCUGAGCCACUUGUUGGCUUAUUAAAGUGCUAUCCUAAUAAAAUUGCAAUGAGCGAAGCGAUUGGAGAAAUAUUUUCAAAAAGUGUAUCCAUAGACUUUGAAAAUCCGUUCCUAUUCAUCAAAUGUUAUGUAUGUAUGUUGUACUUGUUGAGUAAUAUGAGUGACUUCAAAUUAAGGUGCGAUUAUAUAACGCAAAUAAUACAACGAUAUUUCGCCAACAAGUCACAGGGUAACGACGAAAACCGAAUAUUACUUGCGCUAAAUACUACCCUAUUUCAUACCAUCGAAAGAAGCAAAGAUUUAUUUGGGACAACUCGUUUGACUUUACCUUGGAAUACUAAACUUUUUCCUCGCAUAAGAAGUUACAAUUGCUUAAUUUCAAAAACAAAUGAGGAACUCAUCCUAAAUGCACAGUUAUUCGCAAAUUUACUUAUGGAUUCAAUUAAAGAAGAACAAAUUACAAAAUUAAGUAAUAUCACGGCAAUAUGCUAUUCCCAGGCAGUGGCUUCUAAGCAAACUUUCGAUCGAUUUAAUAAUGUUUUUUUAGAACAAUUAUGGCCCUUUAUAACAAAAGUGGAGUGUCAAGUGUACUUUUCCCUACAACAUGAUGUGAAUCUAACAAUGGAUGAUUAUCCCGAUCUCAUACUAUCCCUGCUCUGGUUUAACCGUUUUUACAACUGUGUGAACAAUAAUAUUAUAAUUGAUAAAAAUCUUAAUCAAAAUUUAUUAGAUAAAAUAUAUUUGCAUUUUAAAUGGCUAAAAAAAAAAUUAUUGAGUCGAAUAUUUAAAAUUGCCCCAAAAAAUAAAAUAGAUGAGCUCGAGGUUAUUAUGUUAACAAUAGAACAAUAUUCACCUUCUAACCUUCAUUCGUUACGGAAAAUUCAAAAGAUCUUUUCCAGAGAGCUUAUCAAUUUUUUCCCACAUUUUAGUAUAGAACAAGUGGAUUUGUACAAUUAUUAUUGUCGUAUACGCAAUUUAACUGAAUUGGCCCCAAAAUUCGGAAAUUAUGACGUAAAGGAUAUAAAAAGCUUUGCCUCUUGCAUUAAUUCUACCGAGUUGGAUAUUGGGGCGCUUACAGAUUUGCCAGAAAAUGUGAAAUUAGCUAUCCGCACCUACUUUGACAAUGCAAUUAAUAUAAAUGAGACAACGACGAAUUCAUCAACUACCUACCAACUUUUAACAAAAAUCGAGCAAGUAUUUCAUUUAUCUGUUGAGAUGUCCAACUUACAUACGACUACCCUCGAUAUUAAUGCAGGAUUGUUACCACUGAAAGAUUAUUUUGCAACUAGAGCUCUAUCGCUGGCAGUACACUGCGAGAAAACGGUGUUUCUGAAUGACAAAUAUUUUAACAAAAAAUGUGCAAGUGCAUUUUCCUCACAGGAGCUUCUACAAGUUGUAAGGAACGAUAGUUUCCAAAAGUUCAAGAUAAUGUGGCAAACUGUUUUGUCAUACAUUUUCGAUAUAAAAAAUCCUGUUUAUUUCGAGUCAUUGUUAUCAUCUUUAUCUUUGCCAUACUACCGACAUUUUUCCACAUUCAAUCGUAUCCUGUUGAAAAUGCUUCAAUAUCAUCGUUUGACGACACUUUCAAGUCGACCUGACGUUAUCAAUUAUAUGGAACACAGCACAAAUAUACCACCCAAAACCAACUACACUGGACCUGCGUUAAUCAGCUGUUUAAUUCCUGUAUUAUUUGAUGAGCUUGGUGAACUGAAAUCUGUAGAAUUGAAUAAUUUGGUUGCUUGGAGAAUGAUUUUAAAUGAUAUGCGCCAGAUGAUAUGGUAUAAUUCCAUCCUAAUGUGUCCGAGAUUCGAUGCUGAGAAACAACAUUUUCAUGCAAUUUUGAAACAUUCGAAAAAAAUCAUCCUUGAAGUGGAAUACAUCCAAAAGAAACUCAAAAACGUUGAAUGUAUAGAAUCUGACCAGAGUCUUCAAAGUUUCCAGGAUCUGCUUGACGUUUUGAGGCAUAUACAAAAUUCUGCUGAACGGUUGAACAUCGAACAAUUUGCUUCAUAUGAUGUCAUUCAGCAGCAGUCAAUUUAUGUUGCUCUGUUGGAAUCGAUAGUAGGUUCAAUUGAGCUGUGUUUGUAUACAUAUUUACCUACCGUGGAUCCUGUCGAAAAAAAGCGUUUAAAGAAUUCCUAGAAAGAAGAAGCAGACUUCUUGAAAACUCUACUUUCAGCUUAUGAUCUUCUACGAAUUGUUAUGAGAUAUAAUGGUCUAGCAUGCGAAGAGUAUGAACAUUUUAAGAGACACCUCAUAAAGGUAAUGGGCGAUUUCAAUAAAAAAACUCAAAGGGUUGCAAUACGACCAGAAGUUUGCAAAUAUCAUCAACUAGUUGAAGACAUUAGGCAUUUUCUGGAUAUCAGUUAACCAGAAGCACUGUUGAAACUUCUCAGGGAUGCCAUAGACUGUUUAAAUUCGCAAACUGCCAAAAGACAAUAUCACAACGAUUUGAAAGUCAAAUCAUUGGAAGUGACGAAAAAACUUGAUAUCUGGAUAUUGAAUUCAGAAAGGUUCCGAUUCAACACAAAGAGUUAUGGAGCAUAUUAUAAAGAUUUCAUUGAACCAUUGGAAUGUUGUUUAGUAAUGACCCAGUCAGGAUUUCAAAGUCUUAAAUUUAUUUUAAUCCAACAUCAGCGAAUGAAUUGUGAAAGUUCAAGCACACCAAAUAUUAACCCACCUGAAAAAUUUAACGAUAUUCUGCAGGAAACUUUUCAGUUUCCUUUUGUGCGACAAACGGUUCUUCAUUGUAACAUUAGUCAAAGACUGCAAGAAUUGCAGUCUUUAAUUAUAUACAAUGGAAAUGCAGACUUGGAAAGAUCAUAUUUUAAAGUCUUAAAAGCGAAAUUACUGGAAAUAAAAAAUUACAUAUGUAUUGCUGGAACUAUCGUAGCAGAAAGUUUUAAUGAUUGGGAACUUAUUUUUAAAAUUUGUAACAAAAUCUGGAAGAAAGAAGAAGAAAAACAGACUAGAAAAAGAGCUGAAGAAAAUAGUUUAUAUUUGGAAGUAAAUCAUCUUAUAACUUUUUACAAAGAUUCUAAUAUUCCUGAGGUUUCGGCAUGUGGGGAAAUCAUAUCCAAAGUCGUUGAUCGUACAAAGGAGCAAUUGUUAUUGUAUUCUGACCAUGCAGUACUAAUGGAUAUUCUUCGUAUUGUUGAAAAAAUACAAAGCUUCCCAUCAACGUCACCUGUUGCUCGAUUUAAUGUAGUUCAAAUAUUACGCGAGAAAUUAUCACAAUGGAAUGAAGUAGCUCAUCAAAAUAACUUCCGUGAUUUGGAGGAGCAAGUUGCUGUAUGCAUACAGAAAUGGACAAAGCUUGAAUUACAAUGUUGGAGAAACUGUUUGCAGCAAUCAUUUGACAAUAUCAAAAACGGUGCCUACAAAUUGUUCUAUAUAUAUAAUUUACUACACGAAUAUUUGGAAUCAAAGGAUGGUGAAGAUUGUUCUAAGGAUAUAAUACACAUACAACAGUUUGUACAAAAUUCCAAUUAUGCAGAUUUUUCGGUACGAAUGAGAUUGCUCAAAUCAUUUGAAAUGUAUUUACAUUAUAUGAAUGGAACCAACACUACCCGGAAAUCCAAGCUCAUUGCAAUACUCCGGAAUAUCCAGAUAUAUUUUUGCCAAUUUAAUCAAGAAGUUGAUGAAGCAGUUAGAGCAUUUCGUUUACCGAUUGAAAAAAAACUCAGAGAAUAUGUGAAAAUAGAAUCUUACAAUAAAGACCUUUCAUACUUUGCAUUGAAAAGCAAUAUAAGUCGAAUGCACAGGCAUAUAAACAAAUUUUUGAGAGAAUUCGAGAACUGUUUAAAAGGCAAAAUUACGCCUGUGUUCCAGUAUAAAGAUAAUACCUUUAAAGAUUACGAUUUUCACAAUGAUAAAGGCGUUAAUUUACGGCAUGAGCCAAAGCACAAAUAUUAUAUGCUAGACGCAAAAAAUUUUUUAGUACCGCUGAAAUUGAAAAACUCGUUUAAAGAUAUGCUGCCCAACAUAAAAGAUUCUUCGUUAUUAGCCAAACGAAAUAAAUUAUUUGCCGCGUCGAGAACAAUAGUUCAAGAAUCAAUUAAAAAUAGCCAAUACGCUACCAUGGUUCAUAGUUUGGAUUCACUAUUAUCUAAUCAAAUAGAAACAUGUGAAUAUUUGAGGAAGCUGGAAGUUGAUCGUACACAAGAAAAAUCGAAACAAAAAUCCCAGGCGAAAUAUAUAUUAUCUCAAAAAAGAAGUCUCUCUGAUCUAUAUAAAACCUUGACAACAAUCGGAGUAAAUUUUAAGAGCGGAUUGCUAGAACUUUCGUUGAAUUCGGAGUUCAUGAAUUUUCACAUUGAACCGUUCUGCGUAAAGACUAUGUUUAUCGCAUCGAAAACCAAAAAACUCGAUCAGAAUUUGAUUUAUUUAAGCAAUAACUUGGAUUUAUAUUAUGCAAAGUGUGUGUUUAAAGUGAAAAUUCUCCAAAGGGUUAUGCUUACGCCUAAUCCUGAGUUGGACGUGGUGAAUGUUGAUCGGAUGAAAGGCUUUUCAAUAGAUUUGUUCCUCUUAGUACAGAGCCAACGCAAACUGCUCAGUGCGUUUUCUCAAGAUCUCUUGGAAUUGCGAAGGAAAAUAGCAGACAUUAAUUCAUUAGCAUACUGUGCAAAAUAUGAUAAAUUUUCAAAAGAUAAAUUUUGUUUUCGGAAGCUCGAAACUGAUUUUUCUAGUUUAAAGUACUCAUUUUGCGAAGUUCAAAGUUUAAUUGAACAAUAUUCUCUGUUAUUUAGAUGCCUACCACAAUUUGAAAGAAAUGAAAAUGUGGCAUUGCAUGGAUUCAUAGAGGAACAAACACUAAAGCAUUAUGCAGGCGACCAUUCGAAAAUAUUAGAAAAAUUGGGUAAAAUUUCAUCAUCCGUGAAGGAAAUCUUAUACGAAAUGAAUACCAAACGAGAAAUUGAAUUUUUAAGUGCACAGUUUUUGGAAAUUUUGCAUAAACGUUAUGGGGAAAUAAUCGAUGCUAUUGUACAAGUUCGGAAUGAUAUAAAUGGUCCCAACGAAGAGUAUUUGCCUAUUGUAAAACCGUUGAAUGCAUUUUUAGAUCGGUCAAAUGAUAGAGAAGUUGAAAAUUAUUGGAAAUGGGACGAACAAUUAUUUCAAAAUGUUGGGAAUGAAAUAGAAAGUCUUAUCCAUUUGGUUCUUUUAUCUCUACAGAAAAUUUAUAAAAAAUAUAUUGGAUUGAAGAAUGAUCUUGGAAAUCCGGAUUCGAUACAAGAUGAUAUAUGUAUCAUGAAAAACCAUCUCAAAGAAGGGGUAUAUCAACGGUUUAUUUCAGAUAUUGAAGGUCUGCGUCUUCCCGAAACGAACAGGAAACUUUCGAAUAUCCUUUUUUCUAUAAAGUAUGCCGAUGAUAUAGACAUGAAAGUAGUAUUCACCAACCAAAUUGCGUCAAUUUUACCGAUUUUAGAGCAAUUUACUUCGUUGUGCGAUUUCUUCCUUUUACAACAGAUGGGAGCUCAUAAAGUCUCUACUAAAAUGCUUUCGAUAAUAUUGACAGUCUUCAUAGAAUUAGGAACAAAAGGAUUUUGCAUUCCUCCAGAUAUGAUCUCCGAUGAAUCGAAAGGGUCGGAGCAACAGGAUUCCAAUCCGAGUCAGGGAUUUGGUUUAGAGGAAGGAAUUGGAGAAAAUGAUGUAUCAAAUAGAUUGGAAUCAGAAGAUCAAUUGGACGACGCAAAGAAGCCGCAAGAUUCAGAUGAUAAUGAGAAUAUUGACAAUGCAGACUGCAAAGAAGAGAAAGGGAUAGAAAUAUCUGAUGAUUUCAAUGCAAAUCUGCAGGAUGUUGAAAAUCAUGGCGAAGAAAAUGACAAAAAUGAAAACGAAAUUAAUAAAGACGAAUAUGACAAACAAAUGGAAGAAACGGACUGCGGUGUCGAUAAACUCGAUGAUCAAAUUUGGGGUUCUGCGGAUGAAAGUGAAGUAGAAGAUGAAAUGGAUGAAGAAUUGGAAGGGGGAGCCAGAAAUGAAGUGGAUAAACAAAAUGAUAACCUUGGCCAAGCAGAUGACCAGGCUCCUACUGAUGAAAAAGAAGCGACAGAUGGACUUGAUGCGGUGAAUGAAAAAGCGUUGUCAACUACAAAUAAUCGAAAACAAAACGACAUGGAAUUGCCCAACGAAUCUGAAGAAAUGGACGAAGAGCACACUAAUCCACAUCAUAGAAAUCUUGAUGAUCCGAUGGAGCCUGAUGAACUUGAGUUAGGUGAUUGUGAUAUUGAUGACCUAAGCAAUAAAGACGAAGAAGAGACAAAUCGAAAUCCUUUUGAAAUUGAUCAAAUAAAAGAUUCUAUGGAUUCGGGUAAAGAAGAGCGUAACGCAGAAUCCGGUCCAGAUGACAAUGAAAUCCAAAAUAGUGGAAGCAUUGCGGACGAUACUGAUUCGGAACCAGAACAUGAAUUCGAUUUGGCUGGAGAAUCUCAUGAAGAUUUGCAAAAUAGCGACCAAGAAGAGAACAAUGAAGAAUGUCAUUCAGAGAAUAAUCCAGCAGAUAAUGAAAAUGAUAAAAUAGAUUAUAAUCUGGAGAGUACUAAUUCCGCAAACGAUUCUUCAAAAUUUGAGGAGGAGAGAAACUGUAGUGAGAACAAUGCUUACAAUUCACGGGAAAAAGACGAUAGACUGCGAAAUGAUAAAGUUAGUGAUGCUAAUGAUGUUGAAAACGACACUUCUGGUGACUUAAAUGAUGUUGAAAAAGACCGAAACACCUCUGGACAAUCCAAAACUGAUGUUCCAGAAAAUGGCCAUCUUAGUAUUUCUGAUUCGGUACGAGUAUCCACUGAUAGCAAUCAAGAAAUUUGCGAUGAAGAAGUGACGAAACGGAAUUUCGACGAAGAAAAAACUUUAGGAGAGGAAACUGGGGAUCAAGUUAAACGAUUGAGGACUGUAGAGCAACUGAAGUCGACAGAAGAAGAAAGUACAGAACAAACUACCAAAGAAUUUGAGCCUUCACACGAGUAUCAGCACGUUAACGAAGCUAAUGAAACUGAUGUUUCAACAUUAGACAAUGCAACUGAAGAUCAGUCAAAACAGAUAGAGCAUAAAGAGGAUGAGAAAAAAAGUGGAGAAGAAGAAAAUUAUAACAAAGAUCAAAGUAAAGUCGCAAAUAAUGAAGACAAAGACCGCGCUAAAAAUGAUUUAAGUGAUAGACGUGCAGAAAAACAUAAGCAAAAUUUGAAGAAAUCUUGCGAAAAGUUGGAAAAAAUCAAACAAUUAUGCGAAACAAUUGAAAAGGUGGAAAUGGAAGGGGAACCAGCGGCAACAUAUCUUAUACUUCGAGAGGAUUCGACUACAGCUUAUUGCAAACAACAUGUCGUUCGGGAUAUUACUCCCCAAGAAUCAUCAAGCAUUGAAGAGAAUGAAUUCCGGAAAAUGUACCAACAAGAUUUUUCAUCAACAAAGACAAUUGUUCCACAAGAUGAGGACUAUGAAACAUGGCAAUCAAUUUCAAAUAAGAUGUCUUCAAAUGCACAUGAGUUUUGUGAACAGUUACGCCUUAUAUUGGAACCAACAAAAUGUACACGAUUGAAGGGAGAUUAUCGGACCGGUCGACGUUUAAAUAUGAGGAAAAUUAUUCCUUAUAUUGCCUCCCAGUUUCGUAAAGAUAAAAUAUGGUUGCGGCGAACAAAGCCAUCUCAACGGGACUACAAAAUUACAAUUGCGAUUGACGACUCAAAAUCGAUGCAUCACAACAGCUCAAAAAGGCUAACGUUGGAAGCUAUUGCAUUGGUUUCUGAGGCUUUAACUGUGUUAGAAAUUGGGAAGCUAAGUGUUAUCUCUUUUGGAGAGUCACCACGGGUGUUGUUGUAUCAUACUGAACAAUUCGAUGGGCCCAAAUUAGUUUGUGGAUUAGGUUUUACUCAAAACCAAAGUAAAAUUGCAGACUUGAUUGACUUUGUAAGAAAUCUAACCAUAGAAGAAGGUGUGAAUUGCGACACGAAAAUGUUUGAGAAUUUGUUGUUAAUUAUCAGCGAUGGUAGGAAUAUAUAUAGUGAAGGCGAGCAAAGAGUAAAACAUGCAAUUAAAUUAGCCCGGCUACAGCGCAUUUUCCUUGUGUAUGUGAUCAUUGAUAAUCCGGAGAAUAAGCAUUCAAUACUUGACAUUCGGAUGCCUCAUUUUUCUACAGAUCGAAAGUCGAUUACAAUGGCAUCCUAUCUUGAUUCUUUUCCUUUUCCCUUCUAUGUAAUCGUUAGAGAUUUACAAAAGUUACCAUUUGUUUUGAGCGAAGCUAUGCGACAGUGGUUUGAAUUGGUUAACAGCGAUCGAUAAGCAUUUAUUUACUACUGUACUUAGCGUUCAUUUUGUGGAUAUCAAAUAUAAUAAACCAAUUGUACUUCUUU